GAUAAUUGCGUUGUAAUUUUUUUUUACAAUAUCUUGGAAGUCGAUACCAUCUUAUAGUUUAUUAUAUCUCUUAUUGCAAAACUAUUUUAACCAUGGCUGUCGAGUUACUGCAGGACGAUAUGGAGUUUACGCCCAAGUGCGAGGCUGCUCUGGGUGAGAUCUUUGAUCGCUACGACAAGGACAGGGACGGAGCAUUGAACGAACAAGAGCUCCAGGCAUUUGCCACAUUCACUAAUGGCGAACCAUUUUCUACGGUUGAUUUGAACGAUAUUCGCAGUAAUCUUGACUGCACCGACGAUGGAUCCUUGCUCAAAGGCGGGUUUAUUCAACUCUACAGCCUGCAGACUAACGCUGGAGACGACGAAGAGACCUGGAGAGACAUCAAGAAACACGGAUACAACGACAACCUUGAUCUCCAAAGCAAACUGGUUUAAGUUUUUAACUUUUGAAGCAAUAUAUUUUUUUUGUGGGAAGGGGGGGGCUUUGUUUUUAUAAUAUAAAAAAUGUGCAACGGGAGCGAACCUCACACUUCUCAAGGAAUAUUGUGCGAAAAUUAUAACCGUCAUCAGUAAAUCUGUCUCAGCAAGCCGACAUUCCCCUAACGAAAAAAAUAGAAAAGAAUAAUUAAAUUCUAGACAACUUUAGUCG